UUGUACGACGAGGCUAGAACCCGGUGACAUUUUGCAAGAAUUGCAAAUAAAUACAACAUUUGUUACAUUACCGCAUGCCUGUCUUAAAUUAGUACUGAUAUGACUGCACGAGGAACGCCGAGUCGCUUUUUAAAAAACGUUCUUCAGAAUGGAGUCGGUCGGUACGUGUGUCAGUUAAAACGCAUGUCGCUGAUCUUCUCCAAGAACGGCCAGAGUUCUUUAGGAGCCAGGAACUUCAUAGAGGAAGGUGUUGUGGACUUCGCGAAGAAGAACCCAGGAACUGUGGUUUACGUCUCUCCCCAGCCCUGCAGAAUCCCCAAAAUAGUCGCCGAAUACCUCAAUGGCUCAGUGAGAGAGGAGAUCAUCACCAAUAAAACAAAGCAGGAAAUCUCCGAACUGGUGACCAAGCUGUCUGACCAAUCCGGCCUGGAUAUCAUUCGCAUCCGUAAACCCUUCCACACGAACAGCCCUAGCAUUCAGGGCCAGUGGCACCCCUUUGUCAACAGACCACCAAGCACUGAUCCUAUUGGACCACAGAAAUCACAGAACCAAUGAGAAUAUUUCAGACUUUUAAGGAAGCAGUUUUCAUGUCUGCUUUGUACUGUAACAAAAAUUUGCAAGGAUACUAUGACUCUGUUCAGAUGGAGGGAGGGGGCCUCUUGCUGACUCACACACUUCUCCGAGUAGAAAGAGAGCUAUUUAAGAUAGACUGCACAUUGUUCUGUUAGUCAGCAUGUUUUCUAUAAAAAAUGAACCCUUCAUCAGUAAAUUAAUGUUAUGGAUAGAUGAGAGAGGUUAGGUUGUCUUAUUUCCUAUGGAGAAGUUGCAGUGCAUGCUACCAGACCAUUAAACACUGUACUGUGUGAUUAUUACUCAGUGAAGAGUAAACUCUUGAG